CACUACAGCAAUUUAACAACAAACAAAUUCAAAUAUUUUUUAAUAUAAACAAUUUUGUGAGUGUCCUGCGUGCGUUGUGUACUCAAUUCAAUAACAUAAACGAAAAAUUAACAAUAAACUAACAAAAGUUUAAUUUAUUUGCUUACAUGCAAAUAAAGUCAUCUAAGGAUAUAUAUAAAAAAAAUAUAACAAUCAAUCUAAGCAAAGACAACAACAACAACAAAAACAACAACAAAAACAAGAAGAACCACAAUAAAAUGCAACUACGGUCAUUGACAACAAGAAAGAGGCGAGUCAGCAUGAUGAGGACAACAUCGUUGUUGCUACUGUUGGUACUGCUGUUGGUGGAUAACGCCGAGUCGGCCCGCAAGUUGCCCAAGCGGCCGGCAAAACCGUUGAAGACAUUUCCGCGAAACAAUGCAGCCGCAAUAUCAGCAGCGGCAGCAGCAGCCACCGCACCACUAGCGGUGGGAGAGGGAACGGCAUCAGGCAGCGGAAGCGAGCUACCAAAACCGUUGACACCACAUGCGAGCGAGCAGCCGGCGGAAGCUGCUCUAGCGGAACCUGCCGCAACACCUGCUGCCAAUAGCGAGAGCAAGAGCGAUGAUCUUGCCCCAACGGCCUUACCACCACCAUCAGCAGCAGCAUCAUCAUCACUUGGCGAGAUCGAUGAGGACUGCGAGCCGGAUAUGAUUGGCUUUGAGCUUAUAACCGGGUACGUGCUAUCGGCGCCAUCGAAGCAAUUGGAGACGCUGCCUGGCACACUGAUGCUGACCGACUGCUUGGAGGCCUGCCAGGCCAAUGAAUCUUGCAGUGCUGUUAACUAUGAGACGGGCCUUUGCGUUAUGUUCCGCAGCACCGCCGACCAGUUGCCAGGUUCACUUUCGCGUUCGCAGUAUCCCGUUUUCACAAUAUACGCACAGAAAUCCUGCUUUGGUGUGCGUCCCUGCUCAAAGGCCUGGUGCAUUGAUCGGGUACAGGGCUACCGACUGCCGGAGCAUGCCAAGACCAGCCAGAGUGUGGCCACGCGACGCGACUGCAUCGAGUUGUGUUUGGGCGAAACGGAGUUCACCUGCCGGUCGGCCAACUUUUAUGCGCACUCUGGCCUAUGUGAACUGUCGGACAUGGAUCGCAUUACGCUGUCGGAGGAGUCCAACAUUGUGGCCUACGAUGGCGCCGAAUAUCUCGAGAAUAACUGUGCCGAGGAGCCAAGCAAACUGUGUGAAUUUAAGCGUGUCUCGGGACGCAUUUUAAAGACGGUCGACUCGGUGCACCAGAAUGUUCAGAGCAUUGACGAUUGCCGUGACCUCUGCCUGAGCGCCCCGUUCCGUUGCCACUCCUAUGAUUACAAUGAAACCGGUGAGCAUGUCUGCCGUCUCUCCCACCACAGUCGCGCCACACUCAGUGAUCUGUCGGAGCCGUACCUCAACAUCGAAGAGGCGUCUACCUAUGAGCAGUCCGCCUGCUACAAUGUCUCCAUUGAUUGUCGUUCCGGUGAGAUGAUCACCAAGAUUCGCACUUCCAAACUGUUUGACGGCAAGGUCUAUGCCAAGGGAGCACCCAAGUCUUGUGCCGUGAAUGUGAACAACUCAUUGGAGUUUGAUCUUCGCAUGCGCUACAAUGAUCUCGAGUGCAAUGUUCGGCAGAGCGCCUAUGGUCGCUAUAUGAAUGAUAUUGUUAUACAGCAUCAUGAUAUGAUUGUCACCUCCUCCGAUCUGGGACUCGCUGUCAGUUGUCAGUAUGAUUUGACCAAUAAGACGGUUGUGAACAAUGUUGAUCUGGGCGUUACCGGUGAGAUUGAAUCGACAUUGAGCGAGGAAAUUAUUGUGGACUCACCGAAUGUUAUAAUGAAGAUCACCGCACGAGAUGGUAGCGAUAUGAAGCGAAUUGCCGAGGUUGGUGAUCCCCUCGCAUUGCGAUUUGAGAUCGUUGAUGCCAACAGUCCGUAUGAGAUCUUUGUACGCGAAUUGGUUGCCAUGGAUGGGACAGACAGUGCCGAGAUUACGCUGAUCGAUGCCAACGGCUGUCCCACGGAUCAAUAUAUUAUGAGUGCUAUGCAAAAGAUGGCCAGCAAUCGCAAGGUGCUGCUCUCACAGUUCGACGCCUUCAAGUUCCCCUCCUCGGAGCUGGUGCAAUUCCGCGCCCUGGUCACGCCCUGCAUACCCCGCUGUGAACCGGUUAUCUGCGACAACGAUGAGAACGGUGAGACCAAGUCGCUACUAUCCUACGGACGUCGCAAGCGAUCCGUCUUCAAUGGCACCGAUGGUGUUGAGCUGGCCAUUAAGUCGGAACGCCAAAAACGUGAUGUGAGUCAUCAGACGACCGAUGAGAACAUUUUGUUGGUGCAGUCGAUACAAAUCACCGAUAAAUUUGCCUUCAAUGGCGCCGAUACAGCGAACAACGUUGAGCCCAGAGACGGUCUAGCCAAGCUGCAAUUGGAGUUGGCCAACAAAACGGAUACUUGCAUAAAUGGCUAUGGCUUCAUAAUUGCCGGUGCGCUCUUUCUGCUGCUCCAGCUGACGGUGAUUGCAGUCUGGGACAACAUGCAGAAGCGCGCGUUACACAAGCGAUAAGCAAAUGACGUUGACGUUGACGACGAUGAUGAUGAUGAUGAACAAAUAGAUGAGUCGCUUCAUAGGAAACUAGCUUGAAAUUCUAUCUUUAGCUGAAAAACACUACAAAAAAAAAAAAAAAUACAUCUUGGCACCACUCUCAUAAUCUAGUUAUUAAGGGUCUUCAAAUGUGGCACAUUCAAAGUCAUUGCGCGCAACGUAGAGCUGGACUUCUCUGCAAACAUCCAAUGAAUGAGGCAAUGACUGCAUCAGCCGUUCAAAUAACACACGACCCAGAACUGUAGCUUAAUAUUUAUGCUCAUAUAUGCUAACUCUAUUUAAGACUUACUUCUAAGACUCUACACUCUUAAUAUGUCGACAUACUAUCAGCUUAAGACUCUAAAAAAAGCUCCUUAGUCGUAGUGCAAACCAUUCAAACCUCUUAACUGAGCUCGUAACUGAAGCCGUCAUUGAAACUGAAACUUUACAAGCCUCAUUUAAGAGGUUUGACUGUCUAAAUACUUAAUUAAAUAAAAAAAGACAAAAAAAUAAACUAAAUAAAAAACUUAUAAUACUUAUGUACUGAAAUGUACGUAUACUUAAUAUUAGGCCUAGUAAACGCAAUGUAACAAUGAGACAAACUUUAGAUGCUAUAAACAGAAAAUGAAAAUAAAAGCUAAAUAAAUAAACUGUACUCGUAUUAGAAAUUA